UCGACAUCUAGGCCAAAAGAAUUGUCACAACAUCGAUCUAGCUGAUGGUUAUCGCCAUAGGCUCCCAAAUCCUGUCAACUGUACUCCGUACUAUAGCGACAUCAGAUAAGAUAUAAGAGAGACUAUCGACACGUGACCAUUAUCGCUUCCCCAUCCCCGAAUGUCCGGUAUCCCUGAGGACCAAAUGUUUAAGAACCUCAACUCCUCAACCCGAAAUCUCUUCUCUCAUCACCAACACCAUCAACUACUCAAUCUCAUUAUUCAAACACAAAAACUGCAAGCCUUCUCCGUCUUCAUCCGCUGGCGCCCCCUCCCAUUUGACACGUCCGACCCCACCGAACUCACCCGCAACUAUGAACCCCACCCCAGCAACGGCCGCAUAGCAAUACCCCUUUCCCCGCAGAGUCCGCAAGCCCGUCCCUGGAAAAGCACCCACGCAUGUACGAGCUCCGCGGCAACGUAGCCUUCGACCGCCUCAACGGCCACAGCAAAUGCCACAUCCGCGAGGGCGGCGACGGGAAGACGCACAUCCGGGGGGAGACGGAGGUGCUGGAGCACGGCCGCGUGAGGGUGCACCCCAUCGCCACGAAAGCGUGCUGGAGCUUUGAUGAGCUCCUCGCGCAUCUCCGUGGUGGAUUGGCGUUGCGCGCAACAGGGUCUUCGACGGUGCAUGAUCUGAGUUCGCGGACGCAUGCCGUGCUGGAGGUGGAGAUUGUGUCGCGCGCGCUGCUGGCAGCGCGGGAGGCGGUCGUGGAGUGCGAGACGGAGUUCGUGCCUGUUGCGAAGCGGGCGACGGAUGUGAACCAGGCGAGGAUUGAUGAGGCGGAGGCCAAGAAGGCUGAGUUCCAGGGGUAUGUCGAUGAUGCAGUGAGGAAAGUGGAGGAGGUAAUGAGGACAGCAUCGCAUUCCUGCCUUGGGGGCAAGUUGGUGUUGGUCGAUCUGGCGGGGUCGGAGUUUUACCAGGAUAAGACUAUUGCGGCGGUCCCGCGGCCGAAACCGUCUCCCCAGGAGCAGCGUGAGGGCAGGCAGAUUAACACGGAUCUGCUCGCGCUGAAGGAGGUGAUUCGUGCGAGGGCGGUGAGGGCGGCCAGGAUCCCGUAUCGGUCGUCGCCGCUGACGACGGUGCUGAGGGAGCAUUUCCAGGGGACGACGGGGCAGGGGGGCGAUGCUUGUUCGAGGAUGAUUUUGACCGUCUCCCCGGCUUUGGGGCAGGGGGCGGCCACGGUCAACACGUUGAAGUAUGGGAGUUUGGUCGGGGGGUGGGGCCUGGGAAGUGGAAGAGAAGAUUAG